GCUGGGUUAUGCACGGAGGCUGAAGCGGCUGCCGUGUUCGUGAACCGCUCUCGUAACCAUCAUUGGCUACGCGCUCAGACACCGCGUGCCCUGCUGCUGCUGCUGCCGUUACGCUCGCUUAACAGCACGUAGACCGUCGCCGGUAUUUGCUAGCGUCCCUUUAUUUAUAUUUUCUCUCCUCUCUCUCUUUCAUCUUUAUUAAACCGAGAGUCGGGCGCUGCGAGUCGAGGUGGCGCUGCCGUCGACGUCGUCGCCGCUGUCUCCGCGCUCGCUGAUUGUCGCCCCGUUCGUUCCGACAGCGGCGAUUUCAAUCCAUUUGUCGUCGUUGUCGUUGAAAAUGCUCAAACGAAGCCGCCGAGCUGCGUUUGCGUAAAUAUGUAAACGGUAUAGCCUAAAUAACUCGAUCAGCAUUGAAACAGUUACCAUCGCUAUACGAUCGCCGUCACCUCGUCUCCUCCCCCUUCGCCUAUUGUCUCGCUUCCGUUUUUUUUAGUGUCUCGUUGUUUUCAUAAUUAAUUCAGUACCGGCCGGCUUCAUUAAGUCCACCACCACCACAAGAUCACGAAACGCGCGCUCCAGUCGUUAGGCGGGUGGGUGAUGUGAGCGGCGGGGAUGGAGCGAGGGAUGAUCGUGAUGAUCAUUCCCGUAGAUGGGGCAGAUUUCGCGCGGCGCUCCGCUUGCUCGGAUUACGUGCAGAGGGGACAUCUCGCUUGCAUUGCCUUUGUAAAUACGUUUAGUUUAAUGGAAAUAAAAAAAACAUCGCGCCGGAUAGGCUGUUUACACUGAACCCAGCCUCUCCCCCGCUAUAGCCUUUGGCCGCACGUCAACGCCGGCAUAUAGAUGUGUACCCCACGGGGCCCACUGAGUAGCGACGCGAGCUAGCGCGCUAACGGAGGGGAACCAUCAACAGCAUCCUUAACCACCGCGAGAACAACCACCAGGCACAGCCCGUGUCGCUUCCAAGCAUCCAUGCUGGCACCUCUUCUUCGCGACCACGAGCGCGGAUGGCGAACAUCAUCAACAUCAACGUGAGCAGCAGCGGCGGCGGCGGCGGAGGAGGAGGAGGAGGAGCGGGUACGUCCGCUGGAGGUGGUGCCAUCUCGGCAGCGGCAGCAGCGGCCGGCCUCUACCUCCCAUCGAGAGAGCCUGCCGGGGGGAAGCUGGCGUCCCUGGGCAUCAUCAUCUUCGCCAGCCUGGCCGGCAACCUGCUGCUCUCGUUCCACGUGCUGCGCCAGAAGAGCCUCCACCGCGCGCCCUACUACUUUCUCCUGGACCUGUGUCUAGCCGACGCGGCCCGCGCGGCCGUCUGCUUCCCCUUCGUCUGGGCCUCGGCCAUGCGCGGCUCCGUGUGGCCCUACGAGCCGCUGGGCUGCAAGGUGGUGGCCUUCUUCUCCGUGCUGUCGGCCUUCCACGCCGUCUUCGUGCUCUUCUGCGUGGCCAUCACGCGCUACAUCGCCAUCGCGCACCACCGCUUCUACUGCAAGCGCGUCACCCUGUGGACUUGCGUCGCUGUGCUGUGCACCGCUUGGACGCUGUCGGUGGCCAUGGCCUUCCCUCCCGUCUUCGACAUCGGCACGUACAAGUACAUCAGGGACGAGGGACAGUGCCACUUCGAGCACCGACACUUCAGGGCCAACGACUCGCUGGGCUUCAUGCUCAUGCUCGUGGUCAUCAUCGUGGCGACGCACGUCGUGUACGCGAAGCUCGUCUGCUUCGUGCACGAACAUCGGCGCAUGAGACCCGCGCAGGUCGUGCCCGCCGUGAGCCACAACUGGACAUUUCACGGGCCCGGUGCCACGGGCCAGGCGGCCUCCAACUGGAUCGCGGGCUUCGGCAGAGGCCCCACGCCACCGACACUCGUCGGCAUACGCCAGAACUUUUUCGCGCAGAACAAGCGCCUUCUCGCCGUGGACGAUUUCAAGGCGGAGAAGCGCAUCGGCAGGAUGUUUUACGCCAUCACGCUGGCGUUCCUGGCCCUCUGGCUCCCCUACCUGGUGGCGUGUUUCUGGAGGGUCUUCGCUCGCGGUCACACCCUGCCGCACGGCUUCAUCGCCACUGCGGCGUGGCUCACGUACGGCCAGGCGUGCGUCAACCCGCUGCUGUGCUACGCGAGCAACAGGGAGCUGCGCCGAUCGUUCUGGUCCAGCCUGGCUCAGUGCAGGAAGAGCCCCACCGUGCCGCAGGAGGCUUACUGUGUCAUCGGGAGACCGUGCGAGUAGAGGGAGAGGAGAGAUGAGAGGGUGGGGGGUGGGCAACCACACGCGGGUUUAGCCUUGAAGGUGGCAACCGCCUUGCCUACCCACCCCACCCACCCGCACUCUCUGCGCACCACGUUGACGGUAUCGUCUGAUUUUUACGAGUUUACCAAUAUACGUCUUUCGAAAUGAUGUUCAAUGUUAAAAAACGCGCUGCGAGGUCGCGACCCCCCCACCGCCGCACGCUGCACGCGACCGAUGAUUGGUAAACACGCGCACGACGCGCCGGCAGCGGAGGGGGGAGGGUGGGUUCCCCCCAACGUCACGUGGAGCACAGUACAGAGACAGAGAUCCCCCGUAUAGCCUUAGCAGGCUGUAGGGGCAAGUGCUGUUAGCGAGCACCUAUGAAGGCCGGCACGGCACACGAGGGGGUCGGUGGCCAGCACCACGCCCGACCGCCUUUGUCUACCUAGUGACGAUGUUUACACAACACACCGGGUACUCAUUUGAGGCUGAGUCGACCUAGGGGAGGCCCAGGACCGGUUCAAAUAAUCGUCGCUGGUGUUGGCCGUGAGCCGGAAUUUAACUCGGGUCGCCGGGUUCAAAGCGCAGCGUAGCGUUAACCACUACACUACCGCUCCCCAUGUACACACGUACACACAGACACACACACGUACACACAGACACACGCACACGUACACACAGACACACACACGUACACACAGACACACACACGUACACACAGACACACACACGUACACACAGACACAUACACGUACACACAGACACACACACGUACACACAGACACACACGUACACACAGACACACACACACGUACACACAGACACACUACACGUACACACAGACACACACACGUACACACAGACACAUACACGUACACACAGACACACACACGUACACACAGACACACACACGUACACACAGACACACACACGUACACACAGACACACGCACGUACACACAGACACACGCACGUACACACAGACACACACAUGUACACACAGACACACGUACACACAGACACACACACACACGUACACACAGACACACACACGCACACACAGACACACACACGUACACACAGACACACACACGUACACACAGACACACACACGUACACACAGACACACACACGUACACACAGACACACACACGUACACACAGACACACACACGUACACACAGACACACACACGUACACACAGACACACACACGUACACACAGACACACACACGUACACACAGACACACGCACGUACACACAGACACACGCACGUACACACAGACACACACACGUACACACAGACACACACACGUACACACAGACACACGCACGUACACACAGACACACGCACGUACA